UAUUUUGGACCGGAAGCCUGUGGGUCCGCAUAAGCGCAGCGCAGUCCGAGGCGCGCGCACUGCGUAAAGGACGCACCAUGGCUCCGCUGGGACUGAAAGCCAUCGCUGGGGAAAAGAUAAUGAACAAUGUGAUCAAAAAGGCAAGAGAGAAAGGAAAAUGGAAGGUGCUGGUGGUGGAUAAGCUGAGCAUGAGGAUGGUCUCCUCCUGCUGUAAGAUGACUGACAUCAUGUCAGAGGGGAUCACCAUCGUUGAAGACAUAACCAAGAGGCGGGAGCCUCUGCCCACCAUGGAGGCCAUCUACCUGAUCACACCUUCAGAUGAGUCUGUCGAGGGUCUUAUUGAAGACUUCAGGGACCCCCAGGCACCGAGGUACCGAGCAGCCCACGUCUUCUUCACUGACACAAUCCCAGACUCCCUGUUUGGACUGCUGACCAAAUCUCGCGCCUCCAAAGCCAUGAAGGCCUUGACUGAGAUCCACUUAGCCUUCCUGCCCUAUGAGUCCCAGGUCUUCUCCCUGGAUAAAGCGGAUGCCUUUCAGGACUUCUACAGCCCCUUCAAAGCUGAUGUGAAGAACAACAUGUUGGAGCGCUGUGCUGAACAGAUAGCCACCCUGUGUGCAACACUGAAGGAGUACCCUGGAGUCCGAUACAGAGGAGAGUACAAAGACUGUGCAGUUCUCGCUCAGAUGCUUCAAGAAAAACUGGAUGGAUACAAGGCUGAUGACCCAACCAUGGGAGAGGGUCCGGACAAGUGCCGCACUCAGCUAGUGAUCCUGGAUCGUGGAUUUGAUCCUGUCUCCCCUCUCCUGCAUGAACUCACACUGCAGGCCAUGGCCUAUGACCUGCUGGGCAUUGAAAAUGAUGUCUACAGAUAUGAGACCAGUGGUAUGGGAGAGACCAGAAUGAAGGAGGUGGUUCUGGAUGAGGACGAUGACCUGUGGCUGACCCUGAGACACAAACACAUCGCUGAGGUGUCAACGGCUGUAACUCGCUCUCUGAAGGAAUUCUCCGCCAGCAAAAAGAUGAACACAGGAGAAAAGACGACCAUGAAGGAGCUUUCUCAGAUGCUGAAGAAGAUGCCUCAAUAUCAGAAGGAGCUCAGCAAGUACUCCACUCAUCUCCACCUUGCAGAGGACUGCAUGAACCGUUACCAGGGCACCGUGGACAAACUCUGCCGUGUAGAGCAGGAUUUGGCGAUGGGGACUGAUGCAGAGGGUGAGAAGAUCAAGGAUCCCAUGAGACUCAUCGUUCCCAUCCUACUGGAUGCCAACGUCAGUGUGUCUGACAAGAUCCGCAUCAUCCUGCUCUACAUAUUCAUGAAGAAUGGUGUGACAGAGGAGAACCUGUGCAAGCUCCUUCAACACGCUAAUAUCCCACCUGAGGACAGUGACAUCAUUUCCAACAUGGCCCACUUGGGCAUUCCUAUUGUCACUGAGGGAACCACGAAAAAGGCCAAGAAACCAGACCGUAAAGAACGGGUCAGUGAGCAGACCUACCAGCUUUCCAGAUGGACCCCACUCAUCAAGGAUCUCAUUGAGGAUGCAAUCGAGGAUAAACUUGACCCUAAACAGUAUCCAUACAUCUCCCAGCGACAGGUUUCUGCCAAAGCCAGUGCCCCAUCAAGUGCUCGCUAUGGCAACUGGCACAAGAACCGAGGCCCCACAGAGAUAAAGACGGGCCCCAGGAUCAUAGUCUUCAUUAUGGGAGGCAUGACAUACAGUGAGAUGCGGUGUGUGUAUGAGGUCACACAGGCCAACGGAAAAUGGGAGGCUCUGAUUGGAUCAACAGAGAUCCUCACCCCGUCUCGCCUUCUUAAAACCCUGAAGGACGUGGAGAAAGAAGAGCGACCUGGUUAACAUGUUCCUUCAUCAGCCCCGGUGGUACCCCCUCCCCUAGCCUAAACGUAGCACUUCCUGUUGUAAACUGUUGAGCCUCUGUCUCCUGAAGCUGUAAGUGAAAUGAUGAGUUUGUUGAAUAUGUUUGUUCUGUUGAAGCUAACAGGGCAAUACCCAGGAAGUAAUGUCCUUUUUUUCAGAGAUUCAUGAUGUAAUAUAAUGCUAGUCAGAUUUCAUCAGAUUUCCAGUUCACUGAUCUAUUUGACCACAGAAAUGCCAACAUAAAGCCCCUCUGUUACUGAUGGUAUAGGUUUAGCGCCACCUUUUGGCUUGUCUUGUGUAUUGUGUCCAUAGUCUGCUGUGUUUUCUUCAUGCUGUGAAGCUGUUAGCUGUUAGAACCUAACGCUGCUGUUUGGUUUUUAUUAGUGUUGCACCGAUACCAGUUUCGAACAGGGC